GAUACGUCAGCGAAAGAUCCCGAUCGUACGAAGAAUAUAGAGAAGAGUGAUGAUAGCAUCGAAGUAGAAAUGCAGACGGAUCACGUGGCCGGCGUCACGAAGAUCAAGGAUCUCGAAGAAAUUGCAAGUUUAACCACAACUUCAUCGACUACAACACCGACAUUAACUACGACGACAUCGAGCACAACAGCAUCGACUACGACGACGUCGAGCACAAUGGCAUCGAGCACAACGACAUCGAGCACAACGGCAUCGAGCACAACGGCGUCAAUCAUGGUAACCUCAACCACAACAGAUUCGACCAUAACGGCAUCAAGCUCGACUCCGAUCACAACUACGACUGCUCGAUCGACGACCAUCACCCGUCGACCGAAAACUACCACCCCUCGUGCCACGCCGCCGAAAAUCUUUAAGCCUACUGGGAACAAAAGGAUUUAUGCUUACAUUCCUCCUACGACGACUCCGAAUCCGGUCGUAAUCAAACCGAGAUUGAGCCUAUAUAACCCGAAGCCGGCGAAACCGAUUAAAUCUUAUAACGAAUUGGCGCCGAAACCAACGAUCAGGAAGCUCAUUUUACCUACACGAACAUCUACUACUACUACCACUGAAGGUGUUACUAUUACUACUACAGAAAUAUUGAAUACUGAAAACCCGGAAAUAACGACGGAGCCUGUGACAAUAACGACGGCAGCAUCGACGACGGCAGCAACGAUGGCAACAGCGAUGACGACAGCAGCAACGACGACGGCAGCAACGACAACGGCGGCAAUGACGACAAUGGCAGCAACGACGACGACGACGGAGUCUAGCAGGAGCGAGGAGAACGGUCUCGAGAGCAAACUGGAAACAAACGAAUAUAUAUCCCUCGAUUCUCUCGCAAAGAAUAAUCAAACGAACAAGGACGAUCAACUUCCGAGUUCGUCCGAGCAAAAUACUUCGGCCAACUCUUCAGAAAACACUGAUCCGGGAAUGACAACCAUGAAAAUUGAAACUUUUACUCCUUAUCCUCUAUUUAAAUUAUCCACUCUCGCGCCUUCCAUUGAGCGGACAACGAAGGAAAUAGAAGUUAUACCACAGGAAACGACAGAGGACAUUGAUACUCUCGUUCCAACGACUAUUCCACCGAUAACGUUGCUGUUCGAAAAGUCCGAGUAUGCUGAAAUCGCACCGAGUACUGAGAAGUACCUUGAAAUAACGGAGACCACU